GAUGUAGACAAGUAGGAUUAAAAAGAAAACCUUCGUGUUGUUGCUUCCAUUGAGGAUGUUGGAAUAAGUGGCGAGCCGAAUCAUCAAGUUGAUGAAUGUUACAGGAGAGACAUCUAUCUAUAACUUACUAAAGCUAGAGGGUUUUGAGUACUGUUCAUAAGAAAAUACCCACAAAGCUGGGUCACGGGUCGGUUCUGGUGCGGUUUUUCCGAGACCUAUGCUGGAGACCCGAAAACGGUAGCUGGUACGGAGUAUCUGCACAACAGCUUUGCAAAUCUUCUGCAAGCUUGCCCUCUUCCCCAUUUGCCCCCUUUCUCAACUCCUUUCUCUCUCGAAUGCUAACCAUGACAUCUAUAAAAACCCAAAUCGUAAUCAUCCAUCUGCACCGCUUGAGUCAUCGAGCAAUCCCUCCCAGUUUGUUGAGACUUUGUUGUCAUGGCUUCGUUGUCUGCAAGUUUGAACUCUGUUGCCAGCCUUUGCAGUGGAAGAGACACAUGGAGGAUUAAGGUCCGUGUUGUUAGGAUGUGGGAGAUGUGCCCUAUUUCUGAGCCAGGGAAGCCAUUUGCUGUCCAGAUGGUGUUAAUUGAUGCUGAGGGACAGAGAAUUGAGGCUACUAUCAUAAAAUCCCUCAUAAGGAAGCUGUUUGGUGAGAUUGUUGAGGGAAACAUAUGCAAGAUUACCUAUUUUUCUGUGGUCCCUAACCUUGGAGUCUACAAGGCUGCUAAACAUGAAUUCAAGAUCAUUUUUAAUAGCAGGACAAAAAUAGUGCCUGAGGAGUCAGAUCUCAUUCCUUUGUAUGGAUUUGAUUUCAUGAACUCAGCUGAAAUUGCUCACACCAACGGUGAAUCUGAAAAUCUCAUUGAUGUGAUAGGCUUGGUGACUGCAGUUUCCCGCGAGAAACAAUACACCAAAGGUGCAAAUAUCACAAGGAUGAUCGAGCUCCAAUUGAUUGAUGAUAGGGGCAGUGUCCAGUGUACCUUUUUUGGAAGCUAUGUUGACGUUGUUACUCAUCAUGUACAAGAGGAUCGACAAGCUAUGCCUGUGGUUGUUGUCAAGUUUGCUAAGAUUAAGACAUUCAAAGGAGAUUUUGUGCUUCAAAAUGUUAUGCAUGCUACCAGGAUUCUCUGGAAUCCUGAAAUUCCUGAGGUGCUUGCUUUCCGCAAUAGGUUGAUGCUCCACCGUCGGAAGCUACUAAAUAUUUGAAGUUGUCGCAAAAGAAUUCACCUGAUUCAUUAGAGACACCCUUGCUCUUUUUUGAAUUAUAUACAAGGAUACAUAAGGUUUUGCUUACCUUUCAUCUUACAACAUGUCAUUUUCGUUAAUCUACAAGGCCAGCGGAUUAAGGCAACAAUCAGGAAAUCAUCAAUCUACUGCAAUAAUUUUCAUAUAUGGAUGGUGGAAAGCGUGAAAAAAAAAGCAUUUUUGAGUGGAAUUUUGCACCAAGCGAAAGUUGUUUAUGUGUUGGAUUGAUGUAAGGUACGAGACAGACACAUAGAGGGCAGAGGCAGCAGUGGAACUAGGUUUGUGAUUGAAGGCCCUUUGUGAUCCACUCAAUAGGUUAUAAAGAUAAGUUGGAACUAAUGUAUGUGUCCUUCAAUAGUAGCCAUGUAUUGUCCUAUGCUUUAAGUAACACCUGAAGUCCUGAAUCAAAACCCCACCACUUUUAUAUCACAUCAGGCAUCUACUGUAUGGUGUUAAUUAAAUUUACCCUGUUUGAGUGUGUA